UCGGGCCUCGCACAGCUUGCACCUGCGCCUGCGCCUGCCCCGGGCCCUGCGCCUGCACCUGCACCUGCACCUGCGCCUGCACCUGCACCUGCGCCUGCGCCUGCCCCGGGCCCUGCGCCUGCCCCGGGCCCUGCGCCUGCACCUCGGAACCCCACUUUGCUCCAACACACACCUCACCCCCCAUCACACCCCAUCCCCAGGCCUUUGCUCAGCCAGGGGCACCCCCCCUCCCCCCCCAAACACACCCGCUCACCCAGCCCUGCCUCACUCUCCUCCUCUGGCCUCGGCAGCCCUGCGACAGUGGGAAGAGCAGGGGGAGCUGCUGCUGCCCCUCACCUUCCUGCUCCUGGUGCUGGGCUCCCUGCUGCUCUACCUGGCCGUGUCACUCAUGGACCCGGGCUACGUGAACAUCCAGCCCCAGCCCCAGGAGGAGGUCAAGGAGGAGCAGACAGCCAUGGUUCCUCAGGCCAUCCCCCUUCGGCGCUGCAGAUACUGCAUGGUGCUGCAGCCCCUGAGGGCCCGGCACUGCCGUGAGUGCCGCCGCUGUGUCCGCCGCUACGAUCACCACUGCCCCUGGAUGGAGAACUGCGUGGGGGAGCGGAACCACCCACUCUUCGUGGUCUACCUGGCGCUACAGCUGGUGGUGCUUCUGUGGGGCCUGUACCUGGCAUGGUCUGGCCUCCGGUUCGUCCAGCCCUGGGGGCUGUGGCUGCGGUCCAGCGGGCUCCUGUUUGCCACCUUCCUGCUGCUCUCGCUCUUCUCCACGGUGACCGGCCUGCUCCUGGCCUCGCACCUCUACCUGGUGGCCAGCAACACCACCACCUGGGAGUUCAUCUCCUCGCACCGCAUCACCUACCUCCGCCAGCGCCCCGGCAACCCCUUCGACCGCGGCCUGACCAGCAACCUGGCGCACUUCUUCUGUGGAUGGCCCCCGGGGUCCUGGGAGACCCUCUGGGCCGAGGAGGAGGAGGGUGAGGGCAGCAGCCAGGCAGUUUAGGGUCACGGGAGGCAGAUCCACCAUCUUGUGCCUCAAAACUGGACGGGCUGGGGCUCCUCACCUCUGCCCACACCUCAGCCUCAGAGCAGACUGACCACAGGGACCCUCCCGCCCGUGGGCAGUUCUGCCUCCAGAGGAAGGAGCGGGGGAGCCGGGGCUCCUGAGACCUCCACCCCACCCCAGGCCACAUGCCUCCAGUGCAGUUUUAUAAAUUUAAUAAUCCAUAAAGCAAGUCAACUAUUAAAAAACAAACCAGGUCACUCCUCACUGUGUCACCCUUUGCGGUCCAGGUCUGGCCGAGAAGCAGAGGAGUGUGGGCUUAGGGAAGGGAGCACCCUUCCCAGUGACUGAGCCCAGCACAAAGCACCCCACGGCCACCACCUCGUCACGAGGGCCGGUAAAUGCCAGGCGAGGCCGGGGUCUCCAGGGCAGGGUGCGC